AUGAGAGACGACUUUUUGGGCGACACUUCAAAGUCUUUACGCAUCUCCGAAACUUCCAUGAAGCUUCAUGGAAACUUUCCGAUCUCCAUCAAUGCAUACAUUCUCCUUCUACUUCCUUUACUCUCUUUUACUUUUCAAUACCAAAACGGUUACACAUUUGUAGUUCGUACUGGAAGUAGUUUGGAAGUCAAGCGAUCUUUUGGUGUGGGGGAAGAAGAGGGCUUCACUGUUGCUAAUCACGAAGCCAAACGAAGGAUCACAUCAUCAAACCUUGCUCAAAAUCUGAUAUGCGGGUUUUCAUCACAAGAGUUAUCCUUGAUUUUAGAACCAUUAGUUCGAAGAUGUGUGAGAGAAGAAGUUCAGCGUUCAUGUCAAAGCUUCUUUUGUACACUACCGAGAUCUCCUCUAGAUGCAAUCGAACCAAGUAGGAAGACAUCAUUGCAGCUUCGUUUUCUAGGGAAUCUGUCUAAUACAUUCUUCACUGGAAGCAGGAUAGAAUCUGAUGACAAUACCCCUCUCAAAUUAGUAUUGUUUGAUGUGAAUGCCAAUAAAAUUGUAUCAUCUGGACCCUUAUCUUCAUUAAAGAUAGAAAUAGUUCCUCUUGAUGGUGAUUUUGUUACUGAUGAAGAACAAGAUUGGUCUGAGAAAGAUUUCGAUUCCAAAAUCAUAUGUGCAAGAGAUGGAAGAAGGCCAUUGAUAGCUGGAAAUUUGGUAGUGACACUCGAAAAUGGAGUAAAGGAAAUCAAUGAAUUAUGUUUCACUGAUAAUUCAAGCUGGAGGAGGAGUAGAAAGUUCAUAAUUGGUGCAAGAGCCAAAGAUGCUUCUGGAAGAGUGAGAGUUAGAGAAGCAAGAAGUCAAGCUUUCAUGGUUAAAGAUCAUCGUGGAGAAUCAUACAAAAAACACCACCCACCAUCAUUAGGUGAUGAAAUCUGGAGAUUAGAAAAGAUAGCAAAAGAUGGAGUUUUUCAUAAAAGAUUGGCUUCACAUCGCAUAUGCACUGUAAAAGACUUUCUACAAAUGUAUAUCACCAACCAAUCCUUACUACGCAAGUUACUUGGUGGAUCUUCUAACAAGACAUGGGAGACAAUAAUCAAGCAUGCAAAAGCUUGUGUUUUAGAUGAAAAGUUAUACAUGUAUAGAUGUGGCCCACAAGGAAUCGGGCUUUUGGUUGAUUCUAUUUUGGAGGUUGUUGGUGCCACUUUUGAUGGACAAAACUAUCUUCCAAUCGAUAAACUCCCCGUGUUUCAAAUGCCUAUGGUGGAAUCUUUAAAGCAAGAAGUUUAUCAAAACUUGAAUGGGAUGAUACCGAUGGAUGAUUUAUCCGUUAUUGGAGUCCCGGUUCCGAUGGCGAAUUUACAUAAUUACCCCUUGAAAAGUGAAAGUUUGGCUCUCCCAUGUGUUGACAUUCCUCUUCUACACCAAGAUGAAGUUGAAAUGCACAUGAAUGGGGUGGUUGGUAGCACUAGUAGUGAAGAGGAAUAUUUUUCUCCAAAUUUAAGAAACAGUUUCAAAACAAAAGAGUUCAUCAAUGGAGGUUAUGGUGAUGAUUUUAAUUUUCAGUCAUUAUGGCAAGCAGAUGAACUCUACAUUGAUCCAAAUAAUCAAAGUAUAGAUAUUGGAAUACGUUUUUCAAGAAAUGGGUCACCACGGGCAUGUUGGUGCAAGAUUCGGGCUGCCCUAAAAUGGGGUUCAGUCAGGCGAGAUGUGGCUGCCAAAAAAAUGGCGCUUGCCUUCGUAUCUUGAUUUCUCGGUUUAGAUUUUUUAGGUUAAUAGGUAGAAAAAUUGGUUGUAAUAAUAAUAACACUGUUUUCCUGUAUCAGCUGGUAAGGAGGUAAGAAUCCAUAAGUGAGAUUUCAGUUCAAACCUAACCUAAGCAUCACAUCGAUGCAUUUGGGAUACUGUGAAUUACCUUCCCCAUGCUGCCAGUGGGACCAGAUGUCACUUUUUUCAUUUUUUGGUGGCAGGAUUUGUGUCUUUGCGAUCGCCACUAUUUGAUCUUGUUUUGCAUUGUGUAUAAUGCUUGGUUUGUGUAUAUAUUUUGGACCUUAAUGUUAAAGUUGUGUUAUGUUUGUGUUAAUAAAGAUUCGAAAGAAAUUGAAUUUAAUUAAGUGUUUUUGAAG